GAGCCGCCGAAAACCGAGACGAUCGUACACACCGUCCACGAGACCGUUCAUGUUCCUACAACAAUUCACAAGACGGUACACGUCACGCUGCCGGGAGAAGUGAAAACAGUCCACGUUCCCGUCCCGACGACAGUACACCAAAUCGAGACUGUCCACGAGAAGAUACCCGUACACGUCACGGUUCAUGUUCCGACAACAGUUAAAGAGACCGUACAUAUCACCCAGCCCCCGCAGGUGGUGAAGGAGACAAUACAUAUUACAGAAACGAAAAAGGAGGUCCAGACUCUCCCUCCUCAGGUGGUCAAGGAAACAGUCCACAUCACGCAGCCUCCUCAAAUUGUGAAGGGAACGAUCCACGUCACACUGCCUCCGGAGACGGUCCAUAUCACUCAGCCCCCUCAGGUGAUUAAAGAGACUAUUCACGUCACUCAACCUCCUCAAGUAAUCAAGGAGACAAUACACGUCACCCAGCCUCCCCAGGUUAUAAAGGAGACGAUACACGUUACCCUGCCUCCUCUGCCUCCUCAGACGAUUCACGUAACGCAGCCUCCGCAGGUGGUAAAGGAGACGGUUCACGUCACCCUACCCCCUCAGACAAUUCAUGUUACCCAACCUCCUCAAGUCAUCAAGGAGACGGUACACAUCACUCAACCUCCACAAAUCAUCAGGGAGACUCUUCCCCCUCAAAUCAUCAAGGAGACUUUGCCACCUCAGACUGUCAAGGAAACGGUUCACGUCACCCUGCCUCCUGUCCGGGAAACAGUUCAUGUCACCUUGCCUCCUCAGGUAGUCAGGGAGACUGUACAUAUCACGCAGCCUCCUCAGGUUAUCAAGGAGACUCUACCACCUCUGCCGCCUCAAAUCGUCAAGGAAACUAUUCAUGUAACUCUGCCUCCAGUCAAGGAGACAGUACAUGUUACCUUACCUCCUCAGGUAAUCCACCAAACUUUGCCGCCUCAAGUCGUCAAGGAGACGGUACAUGUUACCCUUCCUCCACAGGUGGUCAAGGAAACAGUUCAUGUCACCUUACCCCCCCACGUUAUCAAGGAAACAGUCCACGUCACACAGCCUCCUCACAUCAUCAAAGAGACGAUCCAUGUUCCUCAGCCUGCGCAGACGGUGCAGGUAACACAACCUCCCCAAGUCAUUCAUCAAACGGUUCAUGUCACCCAGACGGUCAGCCACUGCGCAACAACAGCCACAGCGCCAGUCUUGGGCCAUCAACCCUCCCCACCUCCGGCAGUGCAUACCUCGGCGGCACCAGUAGCACCACCGGUUCAUGAAGCUCCUCCACCGGCCCACACCAUGGCUCCUCCGGUCCAUACCCCUCCACCGGUUGAGCACUCUGCCCCAGUAGCCCCGCCAGCCGAGGCGAUGCCCGUUCAUACGCCUCCUACCGAGGCU